GGUGCAUACUGACUGUUGAACAUUAUUCCCUUUUUUCCAGAACCAGAUGUUCAGCAACAGUUUCACGUGAAGCACUCAAAGGAGAUGGUUUCCGUAACGGCCACAUGAUAUCCGACGUUUCACGGAUUUAACCCUAAAAUGGAAGCGGAACGACGGGAAUUCUGCACAAGCCGGGCCCGCUGCCGAUCCACUCGCCAACCCGAUCCAGCAUCAUCCGCCGAUGUAUGACGAAGCCUUCGGCGGACGGAGCUGAUUUUAACCUCCGUUCCUGAACGUUAUAUAGACAUGGGACGAUCCAUUGGAACUGUAUUCCUGGCCAGACCUCUUACGCUUUAACCAUCCAGCAUGCGUUAUCUCUCCCUUCUAUCCGCCCUCGCCGCCACCGCGCUGGCCCAGACGCCCCCGGGCAGCUCCCCAUCCACCAACAAGAACUUUGGUGUCGCCUUUCCCAAUGCCACCGUGACCCCUGGUACCUGGAUGAGCCCGGAUGACAUCACCAGCCAGCCGGCCAUCUAUGUCACCGAGAACCUGAACAAGGAUGCCACCUACAUGGUUGUGAUGCUCGACCUCAACAUCCCUGAUUCGGAUGUCACCACCGCCGCCUACUACGACACUCUCAUCCCCGGUCUGGCUGUCAACACCACCACCCGCCUGCACUGGUGGGGUGGCAACUACACUAUCCAGAACGGACGCUUCGUUAACUCCAGCGAUGCUAUCUCCGAAUAUACGGCUCCUCGUCCCCGAGACAGCACAAACCACACCUACACGCUGUAUCUGUUUGAUCAGCCCGAGGGAUAUGUGCCUUUCGAGGAGGCAGCGAACGGGACUUAUUACUCGCAGACUGCUUUUGCGCGGUUCAACUUCACUCUGGAGCCGAUCUUGAAGGCGGUUGGGGGGCCGGUUGCGGCGAAUUAUUUUUUGAGUGAUGAGAUCUAGACUGUCACACAGCCUGGACUGGUCAUAUCUAUGCUUCUCGGUCAG